AGAGUGUUCCCUGAAACAACGGCAUCCACAACCAAGCAACAAACUGAAAAUGAUGCUCGGCGAGCGCCAUCGUCCGAAUCCGACGGUCCACGUCCCUCCGUGGCCUCCACUCCACGAAGAUCCAACGGCUGAUAUUAUAUCUCCUCACUCCUUUAACGGCAAUGCAAACGGCAGCCCUGAUGUUAACUGCCCAUACUAUCUCCAAGAAGCCUUAGCGGCUCUCCAACCAUAUAUGCCAUCUAAUGAUCAGGAUUUCGAUUCGGAUACUGAUAUUUCGGGUCUGGAUUCCGACUCUCCCGUCGACGCUUACUCAUGCGACCAUUUUCGCAUGUUCGAGUUCAAGGUAAGGAAGUGUGCACGUGGCAGGUCUCAUGACUGGACGGAAUGUCCGUACGCUCAUCCAGGGGAGAAGGCACGUAGGCGUGACCCGAGAAAGUAUCACUAUUCGGGUACGGCAUGCCCCGAGUUCCGUAAGGGAAGCUGUAAGAAAGGCGACUCUUGUGAGUUCGCUCAUGGCGUGUUCGAGUGCUGGCUCCAUCCGGCCCGUUACCGUACUCAGCCUUGCAAGGACGGACCUGGUUGUAGGAGACGGGUGUGUUUCUUCGCCCACACACCGGAGCAGCUUAGAAUCUUACCUCGUCAGAGCCCGAGAAGUGUUGAUACUUCUUCCUGUGCUAAGACGCUGCCGUUUUUGUCUUCUCCAGAGUCGAUUUCUCCUCCUGUGAGUCCAACUGCUGAGUCGCCCAUGAGUCAAUCUAUGAGUCGGUCACUAGGUUCGAGUUCAAUCAGCGAGAUGGUGGCUUCUCUAAGGAAUCUGCAGUUGGGGAAGGUGAAGUCUUUGCCAUCUUCAUGGAAUAUUCAUAUGGGUGGCUCUCCCGGGUACGGAUCUCCACGUGGGUCAAUGCUCCGACCCGGGUUUUUUAGCCUUCCCUCAACACCAACUGGCACUCCGACCCGCCCCGGUAUGCGUUACUUGGAUCCGUUUGAAAAUAUUAGUGAGGAAGAGCCUGUAAUGGAAAGGGUUGAGUCAGGGAGGGAUUUACGUGCAAGAAUGUUUGAGAAAUUAAGCAAAGAGAAUUCUCUGGAGCGGGGCGACCCGUCUCAGUUUAAUGGGGCUCCGGAUGUUGAUUGGGUUUCGGAUUUGUUGAACGGUGCGAACUGAGCCUGUGAGAAGUGGCUGGCGUGGUUGGAAAGGUUUGAUCAUGCUUUUUUUCCUGAAUCGAUUUUUUGGGUUUUUAUUUCAUGGGCUUUUUUGUUUCCUCUCGAUGUGAAUAGUAUCUGAAGGAGAAGAAGGAGAGGAAUAAAACGAUGGAGUAAAAUUUUGGAAGCAACAAAUUGAAGAUCGUGUAAAUAUUAUUAGGAAUUAUUAUCAAGCUAUGGUUGAAGAUUAGAAUCUCAUUUUGGUUUAAUUUUCUGGGGAGUUCAGAAGACUAAUUUGAAGAACAACCAAAAAAA